AUUCACACUCUUUAUCUUUCAUAUUCAAAUCAAGCAACCUGAGAUUCAAGCUUUAACAUGAUAAAACACACAUACACAUGCCUACAGGUCAUCAUCAGAACAAAGAGUCAUUUGUUUAGAGAGGAAAAAUACUCAGAGGAAGAAAAACAAUAAAGUCACAUGCACACUUGAUUGAAGAACAGAUCCAGAAUAUCAGAAAGAGACACACAGGAAUAAAGAAACAGACACAACUAGAAAAUGGAGCGAAAUACAUUUAUCACUCUUAUUCUCUCGGCUGUUUUCAGUUUAUCUGCAUGUGUUCCACGUCAGUAUCACUUUGUGAAUCAGAAGUUGAGCUGGACUGCAGCUCAGAGAUACUGCAGAGAGAAUUACACAGAAAUGGUCACCAUCAACAACAAGAAUGACAUCGAAGAGCUGCUGAAGAGUGUGAAUGAUGAUCAGGUUCAGUUUGUCUGGAUCGGACUGCACAAGACAAACAUUAAGACAUGGAAAUGGUCUCUGGGUGACCCUGCGUUCUACACAGGAAGUGAUUCACAGUAUCGUAACUGGGCACAGGGACAACCAAAUGAAGAUGUAGACUGUGGUAAUAUGAAUUCUGGAGGAUGGUUUGAUUAUAAUUGUACUCACAGCACACAACACUUGAAAUUCAUAUGUUACAAUGACAGCAGUAAAGGAUACAUCCCUGUUAAUCAGUCAGUGAUUUGGAGAGAUGCUCAGAGUUUCUGCAGAGAUCAUCACACAGAUCUGGUCAGUGUGAGGAACCAGACUGAGAAUCAACAGAUUGAGAAGAUCAGAACUGAUGGAGGGAUGUCUGCAGUCUGGAUCGGUCUGUUCAGAGACUCAUGGGAGUGGUCCGAUCAGAGUGAAUCCUCAUUCAGAAACUGGAGAACAAGUGUUCCUGAUAAUACUGGGGGGAAUGAAAACUGUGCAGUGCUUCGGGUCAAGACAGAACGUGGACGAUGGAAUGACUCGAACUGUGAUAUAAAAACUCAGUUUGUUUGUCAUGAAGAUAAACUGGUUUUGAUUAGAUUGAAUGUGAGUUGGAAUGAAGCUCUGAGAUACUGCAGAGAGAAUCAUGUGGAUCUGGUGUCAGUUCACUCAGAGGAGAUUCAGCGUCGGGUGAUGAAUGUGGUUAAAGACGCCUCGACUGCAGCGGUGUGGAUGGGUCUACAUCACUACUGUGCCAUGAACAUGUGGAUCUGGUUGAGGGGGGAGGUUGUAUGUUAUCAGAACUGGGCUGCAGGUAACGGGACAGGACAGGAAGAUUGCAAUGGUGGACCGAGAGUUGGAGCAGUUCAGUCUGGAGGAGAUCAGCGAUGGAUCAGCCUUCCUCAAACUCACAAACUCAACUUCAUCUGCACUAACUACGAAGACUGAAUCAUCAUCAUCAUCAUCAUCAUCAUCUCACCUGUCGUCUGUGGAGCCACAAAAUUUCACCAUGUUUGAUAUAAAACGAAUUUUUCAUGAAAAUCUUUAUUACUUUGUAAAUUUGUCCAUUUAUUUCUGUGAGUAGUUCUUUGUUUUUGAAGUCCUGAGAUGAUUCGUGUGGUUCAGUUCUCUUGAUUCAGAAAAGUGACGAGAUGAUGGAUACAAACAUUUACACUCUAAUUCAUUUCAUUUUGCUUUACUAUUUUACUUUGGAGAUAAUAUUUAGUGCUAAAAUGUAAAUGUGAACUCUCUGUUUAAAAAUGUUUGACAGAAUGUCAGUGAUUGUCUUCUGGGGUUGUUUUGUCAAAUGAAAUACUUCAAAAAGUCUUUUGGGUGACUUUUUUCAUAUUCCUUUAUAAAUGAGGCUUUAGUUGACUGUGACAUCUUUAAAAUAAUGAGCUUAUAAACAGGAACACUGUGAUUCUUGUGAGUGUUACUGCUUAGAUUCUUAUGUGCAUUAAAUUGUAUGUUCUUAAUAUCAAUAAAAAUGCUCUUAUAC